AUCUAAUGUAAUUUGUUAUGUAUUACUUUCGUACUCCAGUGUAUAUAUACUCUUGUAAACCAAAUACCAAUACACAAUACAAUUCCUUUUCACUUUUGUAUUGUAAUAUGGUAUCAGAUGAGAAAUUUCACGCUUUUCCCCUUUUCCCUCUUUGGUAACCCUUUCCGAGAAAAUUUCCUAAUUUUCUCGCCACGAUCCUCUCUCGUAUUCAUCAUGAACAUCAUAACCACUUAGAUUUCUCCUUUUCUUCAAUCGAUUCUUUCGAUUCUUUCUAUUCUUUGAUUUCUUCUUGACUAAUUUCUGAGCAACGAUGUCGACCCUUCCAAAUGAAGGUCCGUCACAGGCGGCGGCUCCUCCGGCUUCGAUGCUACGUUCGUCAAUUCCUGACGCUUAUACACUUCAUUCAAGUGAUCACCCAGGGCUCAUACUGGUGUCUCAACCACUUCAAGAAGAUAACUAUGCUUCUUGGUGUCGAUCGAUGCGUCUCGCACUCAGUGAAAAGUGCAAAAUCGGGUUCAUUGAUGGCUCCCUCCCAAAACCAGACCCUGCUCUUGAUCCAGUGCUUGUAGAAACAUGGCAAUGCACCAAUGAUAUAGUCACUACUUGGUUGCUAAAUUCGAUUUCAAAAGAUAUCGCAGCAAGCGUGAUUUACGCUGGCUCAGCUGCACUUUUAUGGCAAGAUCUGGAAGCUAGGUUCUCCCAAAGCAACGCGCCUCGAAUUUUUGAGUUAAAGAAAUCACUGAUGACACUAACUCAAGGAUCUCUCACUGUUUCACAGUACUUCACAAAAUUGAAGAUUCUUUGGGAAGAACUCAACACCUUUAAGCCUCUUGUUGCUUGUUCUUGCGGUGGAGUGAAGGUUAUCCAAGCGUAUCUCGAUCAAGAGUACGUCAUGCUAUUUCUCAUGGGAUUGAAUGACAAUUUGGCAAAUGUGAGGAGCCAAAUUCUGCUCUCAGAUCCCCUACCUCCAAUUGGAAAAGUUUUCUCAUUAGUGUUGCAAGAAGAGAAACAGAAAGCACUCACUUCAUCUCAACCACCUCAACACAUGGCUUUUGCCGUGAAGCAAGCUCCAAGACUCAUGGCAACUUCUGGAUCUAAGAUGAAAGGCAAGAAAGACCGUCCUCAAUGUGCACACUGUGGCUAUCUCGGCCACACAGCAGAAAAGUGCUACAAAUUGCAUGGCUAUCCACCGGGCUACUCACAGAGCAGAAAUACUCGCCAAGUCACUCAGGUGAAUCAUGUCGACAAGCUCGAGCCAAGCCAAGAAAAUCAAGAUUCUCAGCCAAGCAACGGAUUCUCACUUACAGCAUCACAAUACAAUCAGUUAAUGGCGUUGCUUCAGACUCAGCAAGCAAUGCAAGCCAUAGAACCUGAAAUCUGUGCAGGACAAGAUCUCCAAGAAGGUGAUUGGCAAAGGUGAUGAGUUAGAUAAUUUGUUUGUGCUGCAAUCACCUUCCAUAGGACCUUCCA